CACGACGAUUUUCCCUAUAUACCACCAUCUAAUGGGGUCGUGAUAAACCCCAGCGGCUCGGUGCACACCAAAAACGUAUCCAUGAGGCCCGGUAAACAACGCUUAUGACGGGAGGAAGAGUUGUAGCGUCAUCGAGGGCUUCUAUGUUCAAGCUUAUAAAGCGAGCACGUUUACCAACUCAACAACAAACCACUAGUAACUCGCGCGUCGUGCCAUCAACCAUACUGCACCGAUGCGAAAGCAGAAACCCGACUCACUGUAGUUCACUGUCACGACAAUUCACUCAUAUAAAUACACACAUUCAUGGGUCACCUACCACGCCGGAAUCCGCAAUCACGUAUACCGCCACGCAUUUCUCGCCGGCGCAGCACUUUGUCGAGGCGGAGCAAUAUGUGGGACACCAUGGCCAACGAGGGCUGUCAUCAGCGUCACUGGCAGAUAUUGACGCUGUCAAAGCAGCAGCAACAGCGAGGACGAAGGAGAAAUGCAUUCUUUGUGAGGAUGUGAUAUGGGAUCAGAUAAAUCUGACAGGGACAGUAGGAAGACCGCCUGCUUUUACGUCCUGAAUAAUGUUCUGGCAGAACCUUCAUGGGGAUGUAAUUAAGAACCUAUCUUAUGGGAAAUAUCCUUCCUCGCAUGUUC